GUUCUAGUCACAUCAGAAGUUUCCUAAAACUUUAACGUUUCCUAAACUUCCAGCUACAGUCCAAGUUAUUUUUAUUUUCUUCGCACAAUUUUCUGUAAUUUUGUCACAGAAAAAGGGAAUCUGUUGCAGUGUGGUUGUCUGCACUUUGAAACUCUUGAUUUCCUUCGCCGUAAUUCAUCAGGAUGGAUUCAGACCAGAAUAAGAAUUCCCAGCCGGCUGAGCACGGCCAGGGCGGAUCUCUCGGCAUCGAGAUGGACUCUUCUGCGCCACACUCCACUGCUCCAGCCACUCUCCAUUUCCACCAGGUUCCAGUCAACCUGCACAGUGUCGGCCACGAACCUGUAGUGGGCCCAGCACCAACCACACAGAAGCCCGGCCAUCUCGUUCAGGCCGCCUCCUAUCCUCCUGCCUCACACUCCGACUCGUCCCGGACGAAUCCGAACGGGGAUAAACCCAAAAAUCCCGAGGAAGGCGUCCUCGGGCAAGUUAUCCACAAAGCAUCGGAAAUCAUUGGCGAUGUCAAGGAGCGGGCGGGGGAUGUUCUGGGGCCUGCUCUGGGGGAGCUGAAGGAUCGUGCUACCGGAGUGUGGCAGACCGUCGCUGGCGUGGUCGGGGCUGUACCCGGGAAAGAGCUCCGGGAGGAUCAGAGUGAAGUGAUUGUCACGGGAGCGGACGAGGGCGCUGCUAAACAACCGGGACAGGAACUAGGUGUUAAUAUCAGCUCAUACCAACCUCCGGUGAAUUCGCCUGCAGGGAUUUAUUUGCAUGGAGAUAUACAGGUCGCUGACAAAGAUGGCCAGCGUCCAACUCAGAUUGUAGGAACGGAAACUGCUACGAAACAGAAGCAUUCUUAACACUAAGGCGUAUGCUUGAUUUUCCUGUAAAAUUUGUACUAUUUGACCUUUCUUAAAUCUUCUCCGGGAAUUGCGCCAUUUCGAACUUGGACCCUUGAUCUGAUCUUUUACGAGUUGGCCUUUUGAUUAAAGAUAGUCAAAGUGUAAAUUCCCGUCAUUUAUAAGCUAUAGUCUGUUCGGAAAGAUGAAAGAAACCAAAGUAUAGUUCGAGGCGCUUUAUCACCGCUAUUUUUGGAAUGCGUAGCAGGUUCGAAAAUCUUGUGGAAAGCACUCUGUGCCUUCUUUGUAUCAGGAGUCGAAACAGAAUUCCUCAAAAUCGAAUCUGGGACACGGACAGUUUUUUGAAGCAGUCACAACAUACAAUGCUUCCAGCUAGCAUAGCGUUUUUGCACGAAGCACAUGCCAACAUGCUGUGACCAUGGCGUGGACAAGUCAACUUGUGCGACCUUUGCGCCGGGUCACUUAUUAAAUCACGUACAAUGUCUUCUUACACAACAUUGUUUAUUCUUCCCGUUGCAAUUGCUUCCAUAUCUGAUCGGUGUAAUGUGAUGUCUGAUUUCCGGGAACAGAGAGCAACCAGGCCAGCGUUGGCCAAUAAUUUGGCUGAAUAAGAAAGUCUCGCUAAUUGGCUAGUGACAGCGCGGCAACCUCCUCGUAGGGUAGAGCAUUAAUUUCACAUUAUUCACCGGUGCCGCGGUCGUGCACUAAGUACUCACUAGGUGUGGCUAGCUGGCAUGAUGGUAAUGAAAUGAAAAUGAAAGAGUUCAAUUAAAGACGGGCGAAACGAUUUAAAAAGAGCUGUUCCACAAAUGAUUUGAUUUAGUGCAAAUUUUCGCACGUCCACCAACAGUAUUAUUAUCUUAAUUACGCUUACGCACACGGACAUUAAUUCUGUAGUUAACACAACAUUAGCCAGUGA